UGAGAUUAAGGCACAAGCGAGGUACGCGUUGCUGGGAAAACACCGCAGUUUGCCACGAUGAAGAUCGCUUGCCUAGUAGUGCUGUUCUGCGCGACUGCGACGCGUGGAACACGUGAACAAAUAGCGGCGCAUCAAAACGAAUCAUUUCGUCCCGACGAAGCAACUGGUGCUGAUUUAGAGCAAGCACAUAAUCUAAAUGUGGACGAAGCUCGUGAAAUUCAUAACGUAGAUGAUGAAAACUUAGAAAAAUGGACGAUAGUCGACGUUGUGAACGCGACCAUGACUUUGGUGGAUGGAAAACUGGUCCCUGUGCACGAUGUCUUCUCUCUAGCUGGGGAUAAAAAUGUAGGGCUAGGGACCCAGGGUUCAGUUCAUGAUUCUGCUCUUCCUCUUGAGCCACAGCAAGCCUCAUCAUCAGAUUCCUAUCUCAAAUUCGAUGACCAAGCAUUAGAUGCCAGUCAUGAUGUUCAAAAUUUUACGUCGGGGCUUCACUCAUCAACUGUCAACUCGCACAUUUCUAAGCAAGAUGAUGGUGGAAGCUCAAAGGGUGAGACAUUCGAGAGGGGCAAUGAAAAUCCAAGCAUUGUCUUCCCAAAUUCAGAUUUCGGUGAAUCAAAGGAAUUUUUAGGAAUAAAUUCCAACCCUGUAACAGAAAGUCCAAUGCAGGCAGUUGAAAGUGAUGGAAAUGAUAUAAACGAGGAACGUCGUAAUCUUGAUGAAAUGGAGCCAAAUAUUCAAUUAACUUUUUCUCUCAUAGAUUCAGUUACAAAAUUUUCGGCGCCACAAACAUCUACAAACACGGUUUUUUCCAAUCCUGAAUCUGCACAUAGUCUACCCGACCAUAUGACAAAACCUUCUUCCACUUUGAAAAUUACCUUCACGUCAACAGAGAGCGUCAUACUUUUUCCGCAGAGCUUGCUCAGAUCCAAAGUAUUAAAGGGAGACCAACAAUUUGUGAAGGACAAAUAUAUUUCUGAAGCGCAUGACUUCGUGCCAACUGCUGGCGCUAUCGCAAAUAAUAAUAGUAAUAAUUCAGACAAUACGCCAAAUUUGAAAUUGAGUGCGGAACACAGCGUUAGAAGUGACGUUAUGUCUGCCGAUGCGAUCACAGCAGAAGACAUGAGGAAAUCGGAUGAGUGGAAGGCGAAAAUUACAACAGAACCGACAAAAUAUUCCAUGAUCCACACAGAAAAUGUUCUGCGGGAUGUAAAAUUAAAAAACGAAUAUAAUAGCAGUGUUGAAUCAACCAUUCAACCCUCUUUUACAGUUGAAUUCUAUCCGAGUGUUAGUAAGGAUCCUACACCUGCAUUACAACCUUUGAUAAUUAACACAUCUGCCAUAUCAAACCCAGGAAGUGGCAAAAUUGAAACCAAUAUUGAUGGUGAAAGCGUGCCUAGCACCAGACCGUUCAAAACUAGUCCGUUGCCUUCAGUUACUAAGUAUGAAGAAUAUAAUACAUCAGUUACUAUGAAUCUUUUUGAUGCUUCAGAAGUACCUCAUUUGCUGGAAUUGCAUGUCAACCGUUUUGAGGAGCGUCAGCGCAUACAUCCUGCAUUGCGAGAGCAAGCUGCGGUCACCGAUACAUACAAUCGCACAGCUCUCUUUGGUCGCCUUAGUAAAAUCAGCGCAUCGAAGAAAAUAAUUCAUUCAGAUACGUACGUUAAUAUGACUAAGCUUGCGACGAGGACAACUGCAUGGACUUUCAACGAAGUUGGCAUCCCCGACGCCCCAUCCAGCACGACGAAAAAUGCUUCUGGCGGUAGCAAUGUUUCGACCAUCACUGUCUUCAAAACGCUCGUCGUUAAAGAUGACGAAGUUAUAGGCACGUUCGGUGCGGCAGGUUUCAGGAGGCGAAACUUGGACUUCGGAACCGCCUGGAAUAAUUUCCCCACGACGACCAUCGGCUGGCCGGACUCGCUGAAGGAGAGUAUGGCGUCUCUGUCUGCAGUCUGCAGGACACGUACGUCGACCACCACAAAGACGGUCUAUGAGACGAACGUCAGACCCCAGGACGUAGUUCUCACCCACACCCUCGUCCGCACUCUCUUUGCUGUGUCGACGCGGACCAUCAACCGCUUCCGGCACACCGCACACUCUUGCCCAUGACAGUCCAGAAAAAUUUUAUUAAGAGAAGAAUAAAAUAAAACUUUCAACGAUGAUA